AUGCCACGACGGUCUCAAAAUGAGCAGUGCCCGUGUCUGAAACGAGCAGAUAAAAUCGAGUUCGAUUCGAAGAAGCUGAAGAUCUUCAACUGCGUGGUGACCCAGUUUGGUGAUUUUAUUCGGAAUAAUUCAGAGUCGCUCAUGAAUGGCAUUACAACAAGACGCAGGAUCGUAUAUCAUUUCGAUACAUUUGGCGCCAAAACGACCGUUUUUGUGGAGGCCAGACUGCACAUUAGAAGUAAUGAAGAUCGUUCGAAUGUCGUUGCCCUAGUGAUAGCGGGAUAUGACGGUCAGGGAUUCCUUCAACACAGGAGUUCUCAUCAAGUUUUCGAACCCACAGCUUGCGACUGGAGCAACAUCAUGCUCUGCGACGGAAGCACCAAGCCAUGCAAUUUCUCGAUGGGUGUUGUCCGAGGAAGUCGCUUCUGUGCGGCGGGAGGACUUGCACUUGAUGGUUUCUCGUCAAAACCCGCUGCGCGUCCUUUCAUCCAUAGCCUGUGCCCGAUAUACAAAACCAUAUUCAACCUGCUGGUAGUCGCCUAUGUCACGAGCUUAAAGGUGUUCUAUGAUCACUUACUGCCCGAAUCCAGAGAUACGCAGGAGAAGAGCUCAGAUCGCUGA